AAGUCACCAUUCCCACCGUAAAAUGACAGCCUCCUCGGCUUCCUCGGCUUCAACUCGACAGCCAGAGAUCCGAAAAGACGCCGUUUUCAAUCGCUUGGUCAUCUUCUCACCGGCGAGAUCUCGCCGCCCAUCCGAUUUCAAAUCCCACUCCCCCACCAAAUCUCCAAACCCUAACCCUAAGCAUCUGUCCUGUCCCUUCUGCCUCGGCCGCGAGCACGACUGCGCUCCAGAGAUUUUUCGCAUUCCGCGUGACACCGACGACUGGAAGAUCCGCGUCAUCGAAAACCUCUACCCUGCAGUCCGCCGCGACCUCGAGCCGUCGUCGUGCUGCGAAGGCGUUGUGACCGGGUUUGGCUUCCAUGACGUGGUGAUCGAGACGCCUGUUCACGGAAUUCAUUUACCGGACCUUUCUCAGGCGGAGGUUGGCGAGGUGGUGCUAGCGUACAAGGAGCGCGUUUGCCAGCUGGCGAGGAAUGGGCUGCUGGAGUAUGUGCAGGUUUUCAAAAACUAUGGUGCAUCUGCUGGAGCAUCAAUGACUCAUUCACAUAGUCAGAUUAUUGGUCUUCCAUUGGUUCCUCCAACAGUUUCUUCACGGCUUGAUAGCCUGAAGGAGGUUUUUGAUAAGUCCGGAAAAUGUGGCCUUUGUGAGGCUUCAAGUGAGGACAUUUUGAUUAACGAGUCCAACUAUUUUCUGGCAAUUGUUCCUUUUGCGGCAUCAUUCCCUUUUGAGGUCUGGAUUGUUCCAAGAGAGCAUGCUUCAUAUUUCCAUGACUUGAAUGAACAGAAGGCUAUGGAUUUUGGUGGUUUGCUGAAACUUAUACUUACAAAACUGUCAAAGCAGCUGAAUGAUCCUCCAUACAACUUCAUGAUACAUAGUUCACCAUUCCAUCUUCCACCUUCUCACUUGCCUUUUGCCCAUUGGUUCAUGCAAAUUGUUCCCCAAUUGAAUGUUGUUGGUGGCUUUGAGAUUGGAAGUGGCUGCUAUAUCAAUCCAGUCUUCCCAGAGGAUGCUGCCAAGGUCUUGAGGGAAGUUAAUUGUACAAUUAAUUGAGCCAAUUAUCCUAUCAGUGCAGAUAUACAGGUUUUCUUCUUGCCUCUUGUAUUUAUGUUAAACAAAUAGAAAGGUCGUAUCCUGUAAACUUUUUUAAUUGCACCAUGAAGAUUUUACACCAGAAUGAAAUGUGUUCUUAAGAAUAAUGGAUUGACCAAAAUAGGCUUCAUGAUUGUAUGGGUUUUAUUCUAAAAAGUAUGUCAGUCUUUUACCAUUCUAAUGGUUGGCUAUGAACUUUUAGUGGAUAGUAUGUCUUGAUGUUUAUUUA